AUGGUUGGCACAACUUUGGCUUGUAAAAUUGGCAUGUUGGAAAAACUUUCAGAUAAGACUGUUCUUUUACUAGAAGGUAGUCCUGAGAAGGAAUGGAUAUUUGAUAACCGUUACAGUAAUAGGGUGUCAGCCAUAAACCCAAGUACCAAAAAUUUAAUGGAAUCCAUUGAUGUUUGGAAACAUAUAACAGAAAGAAGAUUCAAAGUGGUAAAAAAAAUGCAAGUUUGGGAUGCCAUUUCUGAUGCAAUGAUUACAUUCACUUCAGAUGAGAAGUUCAGUGACAUUGCUUACAUUGUAGAAAAUGAUUUAAUUCUUGCUUCAGUUACCAAACAGUUAAAACAUUUAAAUAAUGUUUCCAUACAGUAUGGUGCUAAAGUUAAAAACUGUGUAUUACCUCAAAGUGGAAGUUCUGAACAAGUGAGUGUAGAAUUGGAAGAUGGAACUGAAUUAAAAUGUUCUUUACUUGUUGGAGCAGAUGGUGCAAGCUCACUGGUGCGUAAAACAAUGGGAGUGCAGUAUUUGUCAUGGAAUUAUCAUCAGAUGGGUAUUGUGGCAACACUACGUUUAUCUGAACCUACAGACAAUGUUGUUGCAUGGCAAAGGUUUCUUCCAUCUGGUCCCAUUGCCUUGCUUCCUUUAAAUGAUGAAUUGAGUUCAUUAGUGUGGAGUACUGGUACAGAAGAAGCAAAAGCAAUUCUUAAGUUGUCUGAUGAAGAAUUUGUUGAUACUCUUAAUGAAGCUUUAUGGAAACAAUAUCCGAGUGAUAAUAUAGUUAAUUCAGCUACUAAACAUUUCAACUCUGUUCUGGAGUUUCUGACAUUAACAUCUAAUGCUGUUCGUCAACUGCAACCUAGUAUUGUCUCUGUAGAAAGUAAAAGUCGGGCUGCAUUUCCUCUUGGAUUCGGUCAUUCAACCAAAUAUGUUGCUCCAGGAGUGGCUCUAAUCGGAGAUGCAGCUCACAGAGUGCAUCCACUAGCUGGACAGGGAGUGAAUCUUGGCUUUGGAGAUGUUGUGGCUCUUACUAAUCAGCUAGUGGAUGCUGUUAGUGAGGGGAAUUGUGUUAGUAACAUCAACUAUCUUUUGCGGUAUGAAACUCUCAGACAGAGACAUAAUGUUCCCACAAUGUUAGUUAUUGAUGGUUUACAAAAGUUGUAUGGGACCACCAUUACUCCACUUGUAGUAUUACGUAGUUUAGGGUUGCAACUCAUCCAUUCAGUACCACCAGUUAAAAGAGCUAUUUUAAAUCAUGCUUCAGUGUGA